AGCAGGCUGGCACAGAGAAGUGGACAUGCUGAAGGAGCUCCAGCUCUCCCUGUCAGUCAUCCUGCUGCUUGCCUGUGGCUUCCUCUACCAGUUCACCCUGAAGUCCAGCUGCCUCUUCUGCUCGCCUUCUUUCAAGUCCCAGCAGGGGCCGGAAGCCCUCCUGAGCCACAAACGUGGCAUUGUGUUUCUAGAGACCUCAGAGAGAAUAGAGCCACCCCACUUGGUCUCCUGUGCUGUAGAGUCUGCUGCCAAGAUUUAUCCUGAGCGGCCUGUGGCGUUUUUUAUGAAGGGUCUCACUGAUUCCACGCUGACACCCUCAAACUCCACAUACCCAGCUUUUUCCCUGCUCUCAGAAAUAGACAAUGUUUUUCUCUUCCCUUUGGAUAUGAAAAGGCUGUUUGAAGACACACCAUUGUUUUCAUGGUACACUCAAAUCAACACCAGUGCAGAGAGAAACUGGCUUCACAUCAGCUCGGAUGCAUCCCGCCUGGCCAUCAUCUGGAAAUACGGUGGCAUCUACAUGGACACCGAUGUCAUCUCCAUCAGGCCCAUCCCUGAAGAGAAUUUUUUGGCUGCCCAGGAUUCUCAAUACUCUAGUAAUGGAGUAUUUGGGUUCCUCCCCCACCACCCUUUUUUGUGGGAAUGCAUGGAAAAUUUUGUUGAAAACUACAAUUCAGACAUUUGGGGCAAUCAAGGCCCUGAUUUGAUGACAAGGAUGUUGAGGGUAUGGUGCAAACUUGAAGACUUCCGGGAGCUGAGUGACCUCAGGUGUCUGAACAUGUCCUUCCUACACCCCCAAAGAUUUUACCCCAUCUCCUAUCCAGAGUGGAGGCGCUACUAUGAAGUGUGGGACACAGAUCCAAGCUUCAAUGACUCUUAUGCCCUGCAUUUGUGGAACUACAUGAACCAGGAGGGGCGGGCUGUGGUUAGUGGAAGCAACACACUGGUGGAAAAUCUCUACCAAAAGCACUGUCCUGGUACUUACAAGGACCUGAUUCAAGGCCCAGAGGGGCCAGUGACUGGGGAGCUGCAUCCAGGUAACAAAUAGAGCCAACACUAGGUUACUGCUGCUGCAGUGUGGAAAUGGACAUUUCCUGGAGUGCGACACUUUCACUUGAUCUCCACUGUCUCUUUGUGGGGGUGGGGUGGGCUGAGGGUUACCCAAAUGUCAGUUAGGAUUAGUUUUCUCUGUCUAUAAUAGAACAAUCCCAAAUAAUAUUGGCUAUAAAACAUACACCCAUGGUCCAUGUGGCUGCAUGACCUCCAACCCAUCAAGUCUGCAUUUCAGGCAGUAGGACGAAGAAAAGAGAAAAGGUGCACUUGCUUGAUUUUGUGAAGACUUCCUGCAAGUACCAUAUAACACUUCCUCUUACAUUGCACUGACUGGGAUGUAGCUGCAAGAGACGCUGGAAAUUUAAGGAGGAAGAAAAAAUGGGUGCUGGAUAGGCAGCUACCAGUUUGCUACAUGUUCUAUUUCUUCUUCUUUUUUUUUUUUUAAGAUGGGGUUUCAUCAUGUUGGUCAGGCUGGUCUUGAACUCCUAACUUCAGGUGAUCCACCCGCAUUGGCCUCCAAAGUGCUUGGAUUACAGGCGUGAGCCACCACGCCCAGCCUCUAUUUAAUAUGGGAAGAUUAAUUCUAGGACUUGUUAGAGCAUUGACUGAGGAAAAAAGAUACUUGAUUUCUAGUCCUGAUUUUGACAUUCAUUAACGGAUUCAGUCAAUAAAUAUUAAUUGAGGCUGGUCUAUAUGCCAAGCAUUGAUUUAGAUGCUGCAGAUACAACUGAAUCAAGCAGAUGAGGUCCUCAGCACUUAUAUCCUAAUCCCUGGCCUCAUGACCCUGGGACAGUCUCCUCCCCUGCUGAGGGUGUCUGCUGUUCUCUACCCUAUCUCUUUCCAAAAUACACAGUAACCCUGUCAUAAUUGGCCCAUACAAGCAAAUUAUAAACUCAGACUAGUUAAAACUGCUUUCCUUUUUAGGUUUACAUAAAAAAUUUACCUCCUGCAUUUCAAAAUGUCAUGUUCAAAACACCAUAAAUAUAUACAAUUUGUAUUUGUGAAUUAUAAAUAAAUAAAUUAUUUCUUUUCAGGAGGUAUGAGAAUUAAUAUUUCUUCAGCAAAGACUUCCAGCCAAGAUUUUCUAGAACUUUCCUUUUGGCAGUUUGCUUUAUGGAAAAAAGUUUACAUUUGCCCUCAAAUUUAAACUAUAAUACCUUUUCAAACUAUAUCCAUCUAUCCCUCUUUUAUUCGAAUAUUUCCCCCUUUAGGAAUUACAGCUGGCCAGGCACUGUGGUUCACACCUGUAAUCCCAGCACUUUGGGAGGCUGAGGCAGGUGGAUCACUUGAGCCCAGAAGUUCAAGACCAGCCUGGGCAACAUGGUGAAACUCUGUCUCUACAAAAAAAAUGCAAAAAUUAGCUGGGUAUGGUGAUGCAUGCCUGUGGUCCAAGCUAGUUGGGAGAUUGAGUUGGGAGAAUCACCUGAACCUGGGAAGGUUGAGGGUACAGUGAGCCAAGAUUGUGCCACUGCACUCAGCCUGGGUAACAGAGCCAGAUCCUAUCUCAAAAAAAAAAAAAAAAAAAAGAAGAAAAAUUACUGUUUUGACAGUCUUAUUAAAAAACAUUCACAAGUCAUGU